AUGAACAUAUCUCCCAACCUCUCACUAUCUGAUAAUUCUCAAAUAUCCUAGCAAAGGUCAUUUCAUGAGUAAAUGAAUAAUGAUGCAGAUUCCAAGGAUUCUAAUACUACAGAUCUCUUGAAGGAAUUCGAAGCUCUUAACAAGAACUAUAAUCAAGCUGAUUAGCAGCAGAACUUCUAAAAUCCUCAAACAAGAUCAUCAUAGGUCUAGCAAUAAUAGCAACCUAUAAAUUACUAGUAGUAAGCUGCUUGGAUUGAUGGGUAAUUUGAUUAGCUGACAGUUCAGAAAAUGACAUUAAGAGCUAAAAUAUUUAGUCCAGAUUUGAUUGAAAGCAUCGAGGAGGAUUAAAGUGACGAAGAAGCGAAUGAAUAAUUAAUGCAUAAGAGAGGCCAAGGAAGCCAUAGUACUUAAAAAUCAAAUAUCAAUAUUCACGAAGAGAGAAAAGUACUAUUAAGAAAUUUUGAUGAGGAGAUUCUGGAUGAUGCCUACAAGAAAGAGCUUAGAUAAUUUUUUGGCCAGACUUCAGAAUAAUCCCCUAACAAAUUAAGAUAGAAACGAUAAAACUCAAGUAAUUUUCUUGGUUCAUCGAGUAUACUUGGGCACCCUCAGUGCACACCAUUUAGUUCAAUAAUUGAAGACUUAAAUGAGAUAGUUUCAAAUAAUAACUUAAGUGUAUCACAAUUUGAAAAUCUCUCCCCUGAUCAGUAGCAAAACAUUAUUCUAGCAAAUUAAAAAGACAAAUUAGAGAGAUUACAGAAGCCUGGUAUUAAAUCUUGGCUUCAUGAUAAAUAUUAGACCUAGAUAUACAAGAAAAACUUGCAUGAAUUCGAUCUAUUUUUAGUUUAGAAUAUAAGGGCUCACUCUGACAGCGUUUGGGUAGCUAAAUUCAGUCCAGAUGGGUUAUAUCUUGCAACUGGAGGAAAAGAUGCAGUACUCAAAAUUUGGUAGGUGAAUUAAGUUCCUUCUGAAUUAAAGUUUUCUAAUGAAAAUCCUAAAGAGUUUACAAAGUAGAUUGGAGAUUGCUACAGAUUAUUUGAUGAUAAACCAUUUAGAGAAUUUAGAGAGCAUGAAUAUGACAUCUUAGAUAUUGCCUGGUGUAAAAAUAAAGCUAAUCUGCUCUUGACAUGCAGCUUUGAUUGUAAGGUGAUAUUAUGGGAUCUAUAGAAAGAAAGGCACAUUGAGAUAUUUGAGCACUAAGACGUUCCAACUAAGGUAGCUUUCAAUCCAGAUCUUGAUAAUCUUUUUGUAACAGGGUCUCUCGAUAAGACUCUCAGAUUAUGGAAUAUUGACUAAAAAUUGAAGCCAUUAGAUACAUAGCAGACUUAAGAUCACAUCACAGCAUUAUGCUUCUCAAACGAAGGAGAAAGGCUAGUUGCUGGACUUGCAACUGGCUAAUGUGUAAUAUACUCCUGUGAUCUACUUGGAAGAAUAAAUUACAUCACUAGAAUAGACUGUAAGAAUAGAAGAGGUAAAUUUUCAGCUGGGCGUAAGAUCUCUGGUGUAUAGUUUUUGAGUAAGAAUGAAAUACUUAUUGCAACAAAUGAUUCGAGACUAAGAUUAUUUAAUCUCGAAGAUUGCAUCCAGAAGUAUAAAUACAAAGGUCAUAAAAAUGAGAAUCUUCAGAUUGAGCCAUCAUUAUCAGAAAAUUAAGAACAUAUUAUGAUGGGAAGUGAAGAUGGAUAUAUCUAUAUUUGGAACAGAGUUAAUGAUCAUAUUCCAGUUAUCAAUGCUCGUAUAACCUAAAAUGUCAUUAAAAACAACAGGGUAAAAUCAUUUGAAAGUUUCUUACCCUUUGACGACAUAAAAAUACUUGCUCCUACUACAGUUUUCGCACCUAAUGAAACAUUGAAGAUCUAAUAAGCAAAACAUCAAAAGAUUCAAUAAGCGAAUCUGAGUAGUUCAAUCAAAGCUAUAAUAGUAGCUUGUAGUACAGAUGGAAGAUUAAGAGUUUUUAUUGAUGAAAAAUUAGAUGGUCAAAUCAAAGAAGAGGACUAAGAGGAAGAUCUUUAAGAUUAUCAAAGCCGCGAGGGUUCUCCAAUUAUAAGUUAAGAUGAUUCCGACUCUGACGACUCUAAGUCAUCACCAGAGACAAACCAGAAUAAAAACAUUAAGAAACUGGAUAUAAAUAAACUGUGA